AUGGAAAAAUUCACUCAUCUGGAAGCUCUGCUGUUUACUGCUGUGCUGGAGCAUUGUGUCGAUCAGCUCUCCAUUCUUGGAUAUAUCACGCCGGUUUCACGGGAGGGCAAGACAGACCUCAGCCAUACUGGCAGCCAGGAAAUGAAAGAAAUCACAGAGACUCAGAGCGAGCUGGACAGUAACUGCCAAGAGCUUGUGUCCGCAAGGCGAGGGAGUGGGGAAGCAGUUCCCUCCAUGGCUCUGAAAAGCACUGAACACAACCAGCAGCUGGGGAAAACCAAAGAUCUAAAAAGUGCCCAUCAUCUUUCCAACAGGGCCAUGAAGCACAGUGCCCUGUCUGUACAGAAUCUCAGCAAAAUUCAGGCUGACAGGCAGUACGCAAGUGAUGUGAUUGCAGCCACUAUGAAAAAUACGCAGGAAUCAGGAACAUUUAAUAGCCUCACAGAAGCUAAUGAGAGAGAGAAGGCAAAAAAGAGCAAGUUCCACGACUUCCUCAUCAGAGAGGAGGAAGGAAAAAAGGAGAUCAAGUCACUCGAGAAACAGCUGCAAGAUGUCAGGAAAGAAACUAAAAUAGAACUUCAGAACCGAGAUGCUCUGAUUGCCUGCCUCACAGAGCAGCUCCAGGAGGUGAAGGCCAGAACGAACAUGGAGAGCCGCUACAGGAAGGAAAGCACAGACCUGCAGGUCCACCAAACCCAGAAGAAAUGCAGCAAUGCAGAGAGUGACCUGGACGAGGAACUUCAGAAGUUAAGAAGCAAAACUGAUGAGGAGAUUCGAGUCCACACAGAGAUUGAAAAUUUCCUCAGGCGACAGCAGCAGCAGGUGGAAGAGAAGCUGGAGUAUUGGAUGGACAAGUAUGAAAAUGACACAAACGCUAAAGACGAAGAACUGGAUGCCCUAAAAGCAUCAAAGGCAAACAACUUGGAAAUGCUGCAGAGUCUUGCUGAGGAGUGCCGGAUGUUCGAGGAAACCAUCAUCAGUGACCGGGCAGAAAGGAAAGCUAAAAGAACACAACGAGAGCAGGAUGCCCUGGAGCUGAUGAGCAUCCUGAAGCUGCAGGCCUGGUGGAGAGGCACAAUGGUCCGCAGAAACCUCGGCCCCUACCAGGCCCUCAGGAAGAUGCAGGAGAAACAGCAAUCGAAGCAGAAAGAUGCAGGGAAGAAGGACAAAUCUGCAGCAAAGAAAAAGGCACGAUAA